AUGGCACAAACUGGACUGAUGAUUUUUCUACUCAUAAGCCUACUACUGCUGGAUCAGACCGUCAGCCAGGCUUCCAAAUUCAAAGGCAGGAAGCACAGCAAACGUAGAGUGAAAGAAAAAGAUGACCUGAAGACCCAGAUUGACAAAUUGUGGCGAGAAGUAAAUGCUCUGAAGGAAAUACAAGCACUCCAGACAGUGUGUCUUCGUGGGACCAAGGCCCACAAGAAAUGCUACCUCAUGUCAGAGGGCACCAAACAUUUCCACGAAGCCAAUGAAGACUGCAUAACCAAGGGGGGGACACUGGCUAUCCCGAGGAACAACGAGGAAACAAACAUCCUGCGAGACUACGGCAAGAGGAGCGUGCCCGCGGUGCCCGAGUUCUGGCUGGGGGUCACCGACAUGGUCCACGAAGGGAGCUUUGUUGAUGUCAAUGGCAUGGCUCUGCAGUACUUCAACUGGGACCGCGGCCAGCCCAGCGGGGGCAAGCGGGAGAACUGCGUGUCCCUGUCCCAGUCCUCCCAAGGCAGGUGGGCGGAUGCAGCCUGCCGCACCGCCAAGAGAUACGUGUGUGAAUUCCUGAUCCCGUAAUCACGCACACAAACCAAACCACCACGGCCACGUUU